ACUGUCCUGUCCUGCUCUGCAUUCACGACCAACGCAGUGUGCUCAGACUGACUCCAGAGGGAUUUCAGAUAGCACUGAUCCGCCAGUAUGUUCAGAAUUUUAAAGAGGACAAACAUCAGAGCAAGCACUUGCUUGCAGGUGGGAGCUCUCCUCGUCAUCAUUUUUCUCUGGAAAGACUGUAUGGACCACAAAACCAUCCACCUCAAAGAGGAUGUGAGAAAUGAUGCCAGUAAAACAAAGCCACCCUCCAAAAGCGCCUCAGGUGUACACUCUUGGCCAAGGUGUGAACAAAACCGGUCCGCUGCCAGCGACACAGACUUUGGCUCAAUUCCUCAGAGUGUGCAAGACUUCCUCUACUACAGACACUGUCGCCAUUUUCCCAUGCUACUGGACCUUCCUGACAAAUGUGGAGGAGCAUCUGGAUCCGCAGAGGUCUUCCUUCUGCUGGUCAUUAAAAGCUCCCCUGAGAACUAUGACCGCCGAGAGGUGCUGCGCAAAACCUGGGCUAAAGAGAGGCUACAAAAUGGUGUGAGGAUCCAAAGGAUCUUCAUCUCAGGAACUACAGGCACUGGUUUUGAGAAAGACAGCAUGAACGGGGUCCUCAAGCUGGAGCAACAUGAGCACAGUGAUAUCCUCCAGUGGGACUUCAGUGACUCACUGUACAACUUCACCUUGAAGCAGAUUCUCUUCCUGGAGUGGAUGGAAAGAAACUGCCCGAACGCUCGCUUCCUGCUAAAUGCCGAUGAUGACGUCUUUGCAGUAACGGACAACGUGGUCGAGUAUCUCCAAUCCCUCGAGGACAAUAAUGGAAACAAGCACCUCUUUACCGGCCAUCUGAUCCAGAAUGUGAGGCCCACUGCAUUGUCAUGGAGCAAGCAUUUUAUUCCAGUUCAGGUGCAGGAAUCUGGCUCAUACCCCCCUUUCUGUAGUGGUGGGGGCAUCCUCUUGUCCGGCUACACAGCUUUGGUCAUAUACAAUAUGUCCCAGUCCAUCCCCAUUCUUCCCUUUGACGAUAUCUACAUGGGAAUGUGUCUGGCCAAAGCAGGACUCACUCCUAGUUCCCAUAAUGGUGUGAUGACAACAAGCCUGUACAUUCCCUCCAGCAAUGUAGAUGAAUAUGACCCUUGCUAUUAUAGAGAAAUUCUGCUUGUUCACAGAUUCCUUCCAGCUUACAUAUAUCUUAUGUGGGACAGAAUACACAACCCUGAUCUGAAGUGCUGAAAUGCACUUUAUCAAGUACAGUCCAGUGCAGUACAGUCCAACAACGACAGCUCUGACAUACAUUCUGCAUUUACAAAGCUUCAAGUGUUCCAUUCUGGUUGACACUGCCAGAGAGAUGUUAAGUCACCUUCAUGUUUAUUAUCGCAGCUCAUGAUGUUGUACUGGACUGCAUUAUGUUGGAAAGUGUGUGCAGAAUCCUCAUGAAUGUAAAUUGGAUGAACAAAAUACUAGAAACACUGGUAAUACUCCAGAGUACAGUCCAUAAAUGACAGCGUAAUUCUUUAGAAUUAUGGAGCAUCAAUAAGAAUAUUAAUAUAUAUAUAUACUGUAUUGUAUAUAUCAAGUGAAGAACAGAAUACUUUAGGGAACAGAGCAUAACAACUUUGUCUUUAACAGAGACUUCUUACAAUGAAAUUGUAGAUAUAGCUAUAAAUUACUGUAUGUUUUGAAAAUGCUAAAAUAAUGGGGAUCAAUAAUGUAGUUUGGAGUUAAAUGUACGAUUCAUCUGUCAAUAAAAACUGAUGUCAGAGAACCUAAACCAACUUUUGUCUUGUAUUAUAUAAAUAAUUAAGGAGCUUACCACAUAUAAAUCGACACACCUAAAAACUUUAUUGUGGUUUGUUGAACAACAUAAUGUAAAGUACAAAGAAUCGUGUGGAAAGCUUUUCAUCAUUCACAAAUCCAAACAAAAAUUUUUAAAAACAUUUUUAACAUAUUUUUAAAGCAUGCAUUAGUGCUGCAA